AUGUUGAGAUCUAUUAAGCCAUCCGCUGGUCCACUUUUGCGCGGUUCAAGAUCCAUAUACACUUCAGUGUUGGACUCGGACGUAAACAUUACUAGAAAUGGGAAGGUAAACCAGGCCGUAGGUGCAGGAGGACGUUCAUCCAGAACUGGCUACACUGCCACUGUUUUCGGGGCCACUGGGUUUUUGGGUCGUUACUUGACAUCUAAAUUGGCCAGACACGGUACCAUCACAAUUGUGCCAUUCAGAGAUGCCAUGAGCAAGAGAUUCUUAAAAGUCACCGGUGACUUGGGGGUUGUAAACUUCGUUGAGAUCGAUGCCAGAAACCUCCAAUCCAUUCAAGAUUCCGUUGCACACUCUGAUAUAGUGUUCAACUGUAUCGGUGCAGACUACAAUACGAAGAACUUUUCAAUGGCCGAUGUGAACAUUGGUUUAACUGAGAGAAUCACCCAGGCUGUGAAGGAUGCUGGUGUACCCAGAUUAGUUCACGUCUCUUCGUACAACGCCAACCCGGAAAGUGACUCUGUAUUCUAUGCCACCAAGGGUGUUGGUGAACAAGUGGUUAGAUCCAUUGUUCCAGAUGCCACUAUUGUAAGGCCAGCCCCAAUGUUUGGUCGUGAAGAUCAAUUAUUGAACUACUUGGGACCAAAGUUGAAGAUGUGGACUCCAAAUAGAAACGCAAAGGAAAUUUACCCAGUUCACGUCACUGAUGUUGCCCGUGGUUUAGAGGCCAUUGGCUUUGACGAUUCCACUGUUGGCCAAACCUUUGAAUUAUACGGCCCAGAAAAGAUGUCCUUUUUGGAAAUUAGACAAAUGAUUGCUGGUAUCACUCAAGAUUACUCACAAGUUGGUCCAAUAGAUUAUAGAUUUGCUGAUUACCAAAUCCCUCUUCAAUUUGCCAAAUUAGUUGCUGAAAUUAAACAAUUAGCUUGGUGGAAAAUGACCAACCCAGAUCAAAUCCAAAGACACAUCAUUGACCAAACUAUUGAUCCUAAUGCAAAGACUUUCAAAGACCUUGGAAUCACUGAAAUUGACCAAUUGGCCAAUGUCUUGUUCACUUAUGUUAAACAAUGGAGACAUCCGUUGAUCCAUCAAAUGACUCCUCCAUCAGCCAAGGAAUUGAAGAGAUUGAGAGAAAUCCAACAUUUCUACUAA